AUGAGUGAAAAAAAAUUUUUAGAAUUAACAGAUAAAAGGCAAAGCCUUGAAAAUGAGCUAAAGAUUUUAGAAAAGCAGAUUUUUGAUUUGGAAACCAAAUAUUUGGAAGAAACAGCUGCCACAGGAAAUGUAAUAAAAGGAUGGGAAGGCUAUACGACUAUAAAAAGUGGAAAACUAAAUGGGAAUGUUCAAAGAAAGUCUAAAGCAAAUGUCAACGAUCGUAUUUUUUCAUAAAGCAGCAAAACAUCUCCAUUUUACUAAAUUACGGAAACUGUGGCAGAAGAGCCAAAAAGUCCCAAAAGCCCAUAAUUUAGACCAAGAAGAAUGAAGAAAAAGAAGCAUUAUGGAUACAAAAAGGAUGACAUUGUUGAGAAUUCUUAAGUUAGUUCUUCUGAGGAUUUUUAAUAGGAUUAAAUAAAAAAAGUAAAAGGAUCCAAGAAAAUAUGAAGUAAUAUUUAUUAUUUGUGUUAUUUUUACAUAAUAGAUUGCAAAUAA